CAAGAAGCAAGUGGGCACUAGCCCUGGCUUCUCUGGACUCUGCUUCUCUGGUAGAGGAAGCCCAAGGAAGACUGACACAUUCCUGCAGUUCUAAAACCAUGGCCCAUGUGUCAUUGGCGUUCAGGGACGUGGCCAUUGAUUUCUCUCAGGAGGAGUGGGAAUGCCUGGACCCUGCUCAGAGGGGCCUAUACAGAGAUGUGAUGUUGGAGAACUACAGCAACUUGGUCUCAUUGGGAGCAGGAUGUUCCAGUCCUAAGCCAGAUGUGAUUACCUUACUGGAGCAAGAGAAUGAGCCCUGGAUGGCAGUGAGGGCAGGGACAAGAAGCUGGUACACAGAUUUGGAGUCCAAGUAUGUCACCAAGAAGUUAUUUCCAGAACAGGAUAUUUAUGAAAUAUAUUUAUCUCAAUGGCAGACAGUGGAAAAAAGUAAAACCUGCAUUGAUGAGGACACCAUUUUCAGAAAUGGAUUGCAAUGCAAACAUGAAUUUGAGACAGAGGAAGAAUAUCAAAUGGGAUGCACUAGUGAAAUGAUACUCAGAAAACAUGUAUCUCUUCCUCUACAUCAGAAAAUUCAUACUGGAGAGAAAUUAUAUGAAUGUGCAGAAUGUAGAAAGGCCUUUAGACAACAGUCAUACCUUAUUCAACAUCUGAGAAUUCAUACUGGUGAGAGACCCUAUAAAUGUAAGGAAUGUGGGAAAGCCUUUUGUCGUGUGGGAGACCUUAGAGUACAUCAGACAAUUCAUGCUGGGGAGAGACCUUAUGAAUGUAAGGAAUGUGGGAAGUCCUUUAGACUUCAUUACCACCUUACUGAACAUCAGAGAAUACAUUCUGGUGUGAAACCCUAUGAGUGUAAGGAAUGUGGGAAGUCCUUUAGUCGUGUUAGAGACCUUAGAGUACAUCAGACAAUUCAUGCUGGGGAGAGACCUUAUGAAUGUAAGGAAUGUGGGAAGGCCUUUAGACUUCAUUAUCAACUUACUGAACACCAGAGAAUUCAUACUGGUGAGAGGCCUUAUGAAUGUAAGGUUUGUGGAAAGACCUUUAGAGUGCAACGACAUCUUAGUCAGCAUCAGAAAAUUCAUACUGGUGUAAAACCGUAUAAAUGUAAUGAAUGUGGAAAGGUCUUUAGUCAUGGCUCAUACCUUGUUCAACAUCAGAAAAUUCAUACCGGUGAGAAACCCUAUGAAUGUAAAGAAUGCAGUAAGUUUUUUAGUUUUCAUGCAGAACUUACUCGACAUCAUAGAAUUCAUACUGGUGAGAAACCCUAUGAAUGUAAAGAAUGUGGAAAAGCCUUUCGUCUUCAAACAGAGCUUACUCGGCAUCACAGAAUUCAUACUGGUGAGAAACCGUACAAAUGUAAGGAAUGUAGGAAAGCCUUUAUUUGUGGCUAUCAACUUACUUUACAUCUGAGAACUCACACCGGUGAGAUUCCUUAUGAAUGUAAGGAAUGUGGGAAAACCUUUAGUAGUCGCUAUCAUCUUACCCAACAUUACAGAAUUCAUACUGGUGAGAAACCCUAUGGAUGUAAAGAAUGUGGAAAAGCCUUUCGUCUUCAAGCAGAACUUACUCGACAUCACAGAAUUCAUACCUAUGAAAAACCCUAUGAAUGUACGGAAUGUGGGAAGGCCUUUAUUCGUAGCAAUCAACUUAUUUCACACCAGCGAACUCACACCAAUGAGAAUGCCUUUGAAUGUACGGAAUGUGGAAAGGUUUUUAGUCGUCACUAUAAUCUUACUCAGCAUUACAAAAUUCAUACUGGUGAGAAACCCUAUGAAUGUAAAGAAUGUGGGAAGGCCUUUCGCUUUCAAACGGAACUUACUCAGCAUCACAGAAUUCACACUGGCGAAAAGCCCUAUAAAUGUAAAGAAUGUGGGAAAGCCUUUAUUCGUAGCAAUCAUCUUACUCAACAUCACAGAAUUCAUACUGGUGAGAAACCUUACAAAUGUAAGGAAUGUGGGAAGACCUUUAGUCGUCACUAUCAUCUUACUCAACAUCACAGAAUUCAUACUGGUGAAAAACCCUAUUUAUGUAAAGAAUGUGGGAAUGCUUUUAUUUGUAGUUAUCAACUUACCUUACAUCAGAGGAUUCACACUGGUGAGAUUCCAUAUGAAUGUACAGAAUGUGGAAAGACCUUUAGUCGUCGGUAUCAUCUUACUCAACAUUUUAGACUUCAUACUGGUGAGAAACCAUAUGGAUGUAAAGAAUGCGGGACUACUUUUCGUCUUCAAGCAGAACUUGCUCGACAUCACACAAUUCAUACUGGUGAGAAACCCUAUAAGUGUAAAGAAUGUGGGAAGGCCUUUAGUGUUAAUUCGGAACUUACUCGACAUCACAGAAUUCAUACUGGUGAAAAGCCCUAUAAAUGUAAAGAAUGUGGGAAGGCCUUUAUUCGUAGUGAUCAACUUACUUUACAUCAGAGAAAUCAUAUUAGUGAGGAAACCCUACAAAUAUAGAGUAUAUAUAGUAUAUAUUAGCUUUCAGGAAAUAUUCAUAACUCUUACAACACCAAUGAGUUCAUAAUUUAAUAUAAAAAUCCAAAACCAUUGCCAUCGAGUUGAUUCUGACUCACAGUGACCGUAUAAGACAGAGCAGAACUGCUCCAUAGCGUUUCCAAGGAGUGUCUAGUGGAUUCAAACUGCCAACGUUUUGAUAAGCAGCCAAAUGCUUAACCACGUUUGUUAGGGAAUGUGAGAAAACUUAUACUAGAUUACGCGUGGGAAUCCUUUUUGCUUCAUGUUCACAGCUUAACAGAAAUGGUUUUAUAUAUGCUAUAUCUUCAUUUAAAAAGUUGAAAAACUGUAACAUCACCCAGUCAUGGUUAAACUUUAGCAGAUUGAUACUGGUGCAGUACAUCUCAAACCAUCCAAGGUGAAGGACCCCCCACCUCAUCUUUUUGUAAGAUACAAUAAAAAAUGAAUUACCAGAAAAAAGAAAUGGAAAGAAAACCAAAAUACGAAAGCCAAUUUUUUUUUUAAUUAGAUUUAAUGGGCAUAAAUUAACUCUCAAAUUACUGUAAAGGUUUCUAAAUGCUUAUUUUUGGUGUCAGUACUUAGCUCAUUACAGACCAGAAGUCAACAAUUUGCAGACUGGUUUCAGUCCAUGGACCACACUUUGUAUAGCACUGUAACAGAACAUGGCGCCCUGGUGGCACGGUGGUUAAGAGCUAUGAUGAACUAUGACUGCUAACCAAAAGGCAGGUAGUUCGAAUUCACCAGCCUCUCCCUGGAAACCCUAAAGGGCAGUUCUCUGUCCUGUAGGGUUGCUGAGCCAGAAUUGACAGGAUUGGUUUUCUGGUAACAGACAACAAUUCUGUCAGUGUAAUGGCUGUGGGAAGACUUUAGCCAUGGUACGUGCUUUACUAUAAUUCUUACAACUCCACCUCUGCCUAUGUGGUAUCUGCCAAAACACUCCUCCCCCCUGUGCCUCGGUUUUAAAAUGUUGAUAAUAGUAUUUACAUGAGGAUGAAAUGUUACAAGAUAAAACCUUUAAGAGAAUAUUUGGCCCACAACGUGCUCAGUAAGUAUUUUUCUUGUUUUUAUCACUAGUGAUACUGUUAGUAAAUUUGAGUGCGAGGAAAACCCUGUACAUAUAAGGAAUUCAUGACAACCUUCCACUGCCAUUCACUCCUCAUUUAAAAUCGAAAUAAUUAGUUGUGACUAAAAUACAGUAAACCACCAUUUCUAAAAUUAGGUCUCAUCUCUGAAAAUCAAUAUGAGAAAAAUCUGUGGAUUUAAUGAGUGUGAAAAUUAUGAGAGUAAAGCUUCUGAAGAAUACGAGUGGUGAAGCUUUUUCUUUUCACAAUAAAUUUAAAAAAUGGAUGUUAUAGUCUGCUUUUUCUGCCCACAAUUCAUGAUAAAUUAGAAACUAACAAGCAACCAUAAGACCACUGUCCAUUUGGAAAAGUUAAAAGAAUAGUACAAUGACCACCGGUGUGUGCUCUCAAGAGUCAAUGGUUGUUUAUGUUUCAUAUUUGGUUUACAUAUUCUCUGCUGUAGUAUAAAUUACAGACAUCACAUUUCCCCUCACUGUAUGUAAACGUGCACGUCCCAAGAAUAAAAGCCCUCUCCUACUUAAUCACUGUAUAAUUUAGUACCUAAAGAGAUUAACUAUAGUUCCAUCAUCUGUAAUACUCAGUCCAUAUUCAUAUUUCCUCACUUGUGUGAAGAAUGCUUUUCAUAGAUAACUUUUAAACUUCAAGAACCAAAAUAAAUUCAUGGAUUGCAUUUGGCUAUGUCCUGUCAGUCAUUUUUAAUAAUAACACCCUCUCCCCCAACUUCAUUUUGACAUUGAUUUUUUGAAGAGUUCCAGACAGUUGUCUUGUAGAAUGUCACAUUCUGAAUUUUUAUCAUGAGCCAAUUAGGCUCAGAUUAAAUAUUUUGGCAAGAAUAGUUAAUAGGUGAUACUUUGUAUUUAAUUUUAUUUUGCGUUUAUGUUAUCCUACAUUUGAUCGCUUGGUGUAGCACAGUAUAUUUCUGAAAGAUAGCCACACCAAUAUAUCCCAUCCAACAUUGUUUAUUUUAUAAUGUGAUGUUGACAGUCCCCCAUCAAGAGGCGGGGCCCAUGGUCCUUCCUUUUGAAUCUGGGAAAGCAGACAGAAAUAAUGAUAAGACUUGUAAAACACUAUGUGACUUCCAAGACUAAGUCACAAAACACAAUACAGUUUCCACCUGGCCCCCUGGGAAAUCUCACCCUUGAAGCCCAGCCAUCAUGCUGUGAAGGAACCAAGUAGCUACAUGGAAAUAUCAACUAGAAGUGUCCCGUCUACAGAGUCCUGGCUGAGUCUCAAGUAACAUCAACCUCCGGAUGUGUGAAUGUGUGAGCUUCCAGAUGAUUCUAGACCCCAGCCUUCAAGCCAUCCCAGCUGGUGCCAAGUGAAGCAUAGACAAACUGUCCACCUUUAGCCUGCCCAGAUUGCAAAUUCGUGCAUAAAAUAUUGUUAUUUCAAGCCACUAAGUUUUGGGGUGGUUUGUUAACUGAAAUACUAGGAUCCUCUGUUGUAAAGCUAAGUAUUUCUUUCCAUUUAAUAAGUAUUUUUAGGGUGAUGCUUUGGCAGUUCCACCUGGAAAUUCAAAAUCACCAAUAAUACAACUAUACUAAAGAGAAAACUAAAAUAUAAGGGACAAUUUAGAAAUGAGUGAUAAUGAGAUAUGGCCAUUUACUCAUCGAAAAACUGAUAAUGUAUUCUGGAAACAAAUACUAAGAAGGGCCAGCAUUUUCCCCCUCCUGCUCACACCUUUAUCCUGAGUGCUUCAUACAAUCUCUCUAACAUAGUAAGCACUUGAUAAAACUGUUAAAAGACUGAAUAAGCAUUCACCUCAAGAAACUAGGGGAAAAUAAAUGAAAGAAAUGAAACAAAAAACCAAACCUGUUG